GAAAUGGUGGCUCUUGCACGGUAACUAAAGCAACAUUUCCACUCAAACAGCAAGACGCACUUAUAAUCGGUCGACACUCCGCACCGACCGAAAACAUGAGGGAGAAACAGAGGAAGAAGAAGGGGCGGACAUGGGCAGAAGCAGCUAAAACGGUGUUGGAAAAGUACCCCAACACUCCCAUGAGCCACAAGGAGAUCCUGCAGGUCAUCCAGAAGGAGCGGCUGAAGGAGAUCAGUGGGACGUCCCCCCUGGCCUGUCUGAAUGCCAUGCUGCACACUAACUCUCGUGGGGAGGAGGGCAUCUUCUACAAGGUGCCAGGCAGGAUGGGAGUCUACACACUCAAGAAAGACAUAGCGGACGUGGUGAAGGAGCUGUCGGAGGAGGGCUCGGAGGACAGCAGUGAUAAUCUGUCUGACAGCCGCAGCACUGAGAACAGCAGCAGCAACAACAGCAAGGAGGGCAGGAGGGGCAGAUGGCGGAGGAGGGUUCCGGCGAAGCUGAAGUCGCAGCCGUCCUCCCCUCAGUCGCGCUGCUCCUCCCCCUCGGUCCCCUCCAGCAAGCUGAUCUCGCCCUCCCAGAAGCACAGCAAGAAGGCCCUCAAGCAGGCACUGAAGCAACAGCAGCAGAGGAACCAGCGGAGGCAGUGUGUGAUGGCGUCAGGCUCGAGCCCGCGGCUGCUGCUGAAGAGUGUGAAGGGGCUGGCCGACAGCGUGGACGCCAAGCCAGGUAGCGCAGAUUACCCACAAUCCAUCUCUGCAGCCCAUUCUGCCAUCACAGCCUAUCCACGCUUACGCUCAUCCGUCUCCAGCAAGACAGCGUGGGAGCUGAAGCAGGUGGAGCGGCCCCCCGCCAGCCCCCAGAACUCCAGCUCCUCCUCGUCCUCGUCCUCCGCCAAGGCCGACUGCCCCCCCGCCGGCCGGAAGCUCUCCCAGCGCUCCAGCCGCCUCAGUGCACGGCAGCUGAAGCGCAGCCGGUGUGAGAUUGACGUGGAGACGCCCGACUCCAUCCUGGUCAACACCAACCUGCGCGCCCUCAUCAACAAGCACAACUUCUCCGCCCUGCCGCACGAGUGCCAGCUGAAGCUGCUCAAGCUGCUGCCCGAGGUGGACCAGCAGGCUUGCAUGGACGGCCCGGUCCUGAAGGUCACCAGCUCUGCCUUAAACAACGAGUUUUUCACCUCGGCAGCCCAGUCCUGGAAGGAGCGCCUCUCUGAAGGCGAGUUCACCCCUGAGCUGAGGCUGAGGAUGAGGCAGGAGUUCGAGAAGGAGAAGAAGGUGGAGCCGUGGAAGGAGCGCUUCUUCGAGAGCUACUACGGCGAGCACUCUGGUUUGACGUUAGAGGAGUCCAGAGAGCUCCUCGAUGCCGAGGGGAAAGAAGCUCCUGCUCAGGAGCCGGCCGCGCUUCCCUGUAAGAAAUCAGCCGGACAGGCCACCAUGGACAUUCAGGAACAGAGCCAAGGCUUCCAGCCGUCUCCCACAGUAUCGGAAUCCAAACCUGCGCCAGAGAAACCGGUCAGCCAGGCGGCGCCCAGCAGUGUCCGGUCUGCGGAGCUGCCGCAGAGAAGGUCGCAGGCCGCCUCGGUGGGCUCCUACACCCCCACGCUCACGCGGUCCAUGUCCCUCAAGGCAGAGGCCAGUCUCGCAGCAGCAGCAACACGGGAGGCCCUCAUCCCAGAAACUGCCCCAGCCCCUGCCCCUGCCCCUGCUCCUGCCCCUACCCCUUCUCCUGCCCCUACCCCUUCUCCUGCCCCUGCCCCUGCCCCUUCUCCUGCUCCAGCCCCUGCUCCAGCCCUUACUCCAGCACCAGCUCCAGUUCCAGCUCAGGAAAGACCCACUCCAGCUCCUUCCCCAGCUCCUUCCCCAGCUCCAUCCCCAGCUCCAUCUCCAGCUCCAUCUCCAGCUCCAUCCCCAGCUCCAUCCCCUGCAUCGGCCCCUGUCUCAGCUCCCUCCCCAGCCGUCACUCCCCCUCCUCCUCUUCCUCCUCCUCCUCCUCCUACUGCUGCUCCUACUGCUGCUGCCUCACCUGCACCACUGGCCUCCGGCACUCCACGUAGAGAGGAGAAGACCCAGGCUGCUCGCAAGGACAGUCCAGGAACCACAUCAGCAGCAGCAACAGCAGAGAGUCACGUGACCUCUCCCGCUCCCUCCGCACCCCACGAGCCGCUGAAGAGGAAGUCCUCCAGCCAGCAGGAGGCAGAAGCGAGCCCUGAGAAGAAGCUGUGCCCGACUCAAUCGGCAGGAGCGUCGGCCGUCACAGUCGCGUCAUCCUCCUCUUCCUCACCCCCCACCACCACGACCUCUUCAUCACUGCCAUCGCCUGCAGUAUCGCCGCCUGCUGUCACUCCCGCUAAAGAGCAGAGGGUACCUCCACUCAUUGUACGUUUGGGCUUGGUGGCCCAUCCACAUAUGCUAUGUAUCUGUGUGACAUUCUUGUGUGACAAAAUCCCUGUAUCUCGUAUCCUGGCAGCCCCUCCCCCCAGUCCGGUGUCGCCCAGAGCCCCUCUGGUGGUGGCGCCGCCUCGCUCGGGCCGCACGGGCGCCCGCACGCUGGCCGACAUCAAGGCCAAAGCCCAGCAGGCGCGCGCCCAGAGGGCAGCCGCCGCCGCGGCGGGCACCUCCCCGCGCGGGGCCAGCGCCCCCUCCACCCCCACGUCGCUGUCCAGCGGCAGCGAGACGCCCUCGCCGGUCAAGCUGAGCCCCGCGUCGCCGGCCCACGCCGGCCGCCUCUCCCACACGCCCCCCAGCGCCACGGCGGCCACGGACAUCAGGGCGGCGUCGGGCUCGCACGGCAACCAGUCCCUCUUCAAGCCCUCGCUCGCGCACCUCCAGAGGGCGCCUCCGGCGGCGGGGGUGGGCGGCGGCGGCCCCGGGGGGAACGCGGCGGCGGUGGCGGCCGCGCUCUCGUUCGCCGCCUCGCUCAAGUCCAGCUCGUCCAUCCCGGCCAACAACCCGCUGGUCACGCAGCUGCUGCAGGGCAAAGAGAUCCCCCUGGAGAAGAUCCUGCCCAAGCCUCUGGCCCGCGGCGAGCACCCCCCUCACCACCACCAUCACCACCACCACCACCAUCACCAUCCGCCCGCCUCCGGCGCCGCGCACGAGGAGCAGAGCAGGCUCCGCCAGCUGGUCCCAGGUCAGCUGCCGGCGCACAGUCCCCCGGGCACCUCCGGCCCCGCCAGGCCUGGGUUCAGAGCGGAGCAGGCCGCCUCUCACCAGCAGCGCGAGAUGCUGGACAAGGACACCAAGGAGCAGAUCCUCCAGAUGUUCAUGCGCGGCCAGGGGACGUUCGGCCCCGCGGUGCCCCAGCACGACGCUCGCGCGCUGGGCCUCCCUCCGCAGGCGCUGCCCCUCCAGAGCUGCGCCGAGCGGCCCUUCUGCCCCGCGGGGCUGCUGAGCCGAAAGCGCCGCUCCCGGCCGGCCAUGACGGGCCACUACCUGCUCAACGUGUCCACCUACGGCCGCUCGGACGCCAGCAAGCGCGCGCACCUGUCCGUCCCGCUGGCCAGCCUGAAGACGGAGAGCCCCGAGGCGGGCGAGGGGGCGCAGGUGAAGGAGGAGGAGGCCGAGGAGAGGAGGGCGGGAGGCGCGGGGGAGGACGAGGAGGAGGAGAAGGGGGUGAAGACGGAGGAGCCCGAGAGCCCGCAGCGGUGCUCGUGGACGAGGCAGACGAGCGGCAACACCAGCAACGCACACAGCGGCUCACACGCCACCAGCACCACCAGCGGUCACUCCGAGAGCCCGUCGCUGGGCCCCUGCUCCUACGGGGGCACCAUCAGCAUGUCCGUCCCCCCCGCGCUCAACCACGCCUCGGCCGGCUCCGCGGCCGCCGCCGCCGCCGCCGGUGCUACACCCGCCUCCGCUCAGACGCCGUCCGAGGCCGACGCCAGCGUGAUGUCCUUCUCCGUCACCGUGACGACCAUCCCCGCCGGGCACCCGGGCGGCAACCCGGGCGACGAGGACUCCCCCGAGCAGGUGUUCAUGGAGGGCGGCGCCAUGGAGGAGGUGCAGUCCAAGUGCUACUGCCGCCUCAAGGCCAUGAUCAUGUGCAAGGGCUGCGGGGCCUUCUGCCACGACGACUGCAUCGGGCCCUCCAAGCUCUGCGUCUCCUGCCUGGUGGUGCGAUGAGCGCGGCGGCGGCGGCGGGCGACGCCCGGGAGGUGCCGAAGACACGACGCCUGACGCCUGAGUCUCUGUGUGUAGAGAGAGAGAGAGAGGGAAGGAAGGAGCGAGGGAGCGAGGGAGCGAAGGAGGGAUGGUGUGCAGGUG